AUGGGUUGUGUUCAGACCAAAACUAACUCCCCAACUCAUGGCCUUCAAGGCCUUCACAAGUUGAAAUUGGAUCAUGGGUAUGUCAAGGGAGGUAAGGGAGGAAAACCCAUUAGCCAAAAACACUCCAGAAAGGAUAUUAAGGUGGUGAGGUUUAAUAGAGAGGAGAAGGUUGUUGAUGAAGGUGGUGUUGGUGUUCCUGGUGGUGGAGGAGGAGGAGGAGGAGAGGGUGUGAUUGGAAGGGAGACAGAGAAAGGUAAAAAUGGUGGGAAUGUUUCAGGAAGGAUUACAUUGAAGCAGAUUGGAGGAGAUGAUGAUACUGUGGGUGGCUGGCCAAAAUGGCUUGUUGAGAAUGUGCCUGAAGAUGUCUUAUCUGGCUUGGUUCCGAAGACUGCUGAUUCCUAUGACAAACUUGCUAAGGUUGGCCAGGGAACCUACAGCAAUGUGUACAAAGCUCGUGACAGGGACACCAAAAAGAUUGUAGCUUUGAAAAAGGUCCGCUUUGACACAUCAGAGCCAGAGAGUGUCAAGUUUAUGGCGAGGGAGAUAACAAUACUACAGCAGCUAGAUCAUCCCAAUAUCAUAAAGCUUGAAGGGAUAGCUACAUCAAGGAUGCAGUACAGUCUAUAUCUGGUCUUUGAUUUCAUGCAGUCGGACUUGACCAGAGUAGUCUCACGUCCUGGACAGAGGCUCACUGAACCGCAGGUGAAGUGCUAUAUGCAGCAGCUGCUUGCUGGUCUGCAGCACUGCCAUGAGAAUGGGAUUCUACACAGAGACAUUAAAGCUUCUAACUUGCUAAUAGACAAAAGUGGGAUGCUCAAAAUUGCAGAUUUUGGGCUUGCAAAUUCUUUUCCUCCCAAAAAACGUCCUCUUACGAGCCGAGUUGUGACACUGUGGUACAGAGCGCCAGAGCUGUUGUUAGGUUCUACAGAUUAUGGAGUUGGUAUUGAUCUUUGGAGUGCAGGAUGUCUAUUGGCAGAAAUGUUUGUUGGGAGGCCGGUUAUGCCUGGGAGAACAGAGGUUGAGCAACUUCAUAGGAUCUUCAAGCUUUGUGGUUCACCCGGAGAUGAUUACUGGAAGAAAAUGAAGCUACCAACAAGCUUCCGACCACCACAACAUUACAAACCUAGUUUUGAAGAAUUCUUUAGGGACUUCUCAACAUCAUCAUUUGGUCUCUUGACAACACUUCUUGCUCUGUACCCGGCAUCUCGUGGCAGUGCUGCUUCUGCUCUCCAAAGUGACGUCAUCAUUGCUUUGUAUAAUGAUGAAUUCAUAGCAUAA